ACUAGCUAAAUUGAUAUCACAGGUAGAAUGGAGCAAGACUGGCAUUAAUUUCAUUAUAGAUAGUGACUACUAUCCCUGGAUAAGGAAGCAAGACCCAAGUUCUUCCCCUCCUGAGGAGGAUGAAACUUCAUUGAUUAUGAAGAAGUUCUAUGUAUCACUUGGCCAGGCGACAGUUUCUCAGAUGAAGGAUUGGUUUACCUUAGCAAAACAAGGUGAAUCCACGAAAACUACAAAUUCAUUUAUGCAUCCUGUACCUUCUAGUCAAAUUCAAGAUACUUGGUGUUCACCUGGACAGCAUGAAAGAGGUGAGUCAUUAAGUGCUUCCUUCUGGGCAAGUAACAAGGGCUCAACCCUAUGGACCACAUCAGCAAAGGAUGGCGUUAUUUGGGAGAGAUCCAGAGAGGCUGAGGAAGGUUCUUCUGUGGCCAUUGCUGAACCUCCUUCCCACAUACAGUUAAGAGAUCCAAAACUGGACAGUGCAGCAAAAGAAGAAAAUGAACAGGAGAGCACAACUUUUCAGACACUAGAAGGAUUCACACCAGCAUACACCCAAUUUGUAAUGAAGAAACCCAUUUCAGAACUGGCCCACCAGCAAGCUGCUGACACUGAGAGUCAUGUGGAUUCUUCUCUACUUACUGCCUUGGACUCCAAGGGAGAUGUAAGAGAACAAGAUGCUGAAGAAAUAAGCUCAAGUUCAAGUUCUGAAAGUGGUGGGGCAGACAGCAGGGCUGCCUGGUGUGUUAGUCACAGGACUUAUGACACUGGCAACAGACAUGGGUUUGAAAGAUUCAUGAAGUUCAUUAAAGGAACACUUGGGGAGAGAUAUUGGUCGCUCUGGAUGGAUAUUGAAAGACUAAAGGUUCUUAAGAACACUACAAGGCAGCAAAGGCAACUCAAUAAGAUGAAAAAACUGUACCUGCUGAGCAGUGGAAACUAUUUCCUCGGUUUGGAAGUGUUACUCAGACUUGAUCUACUGCAUGGAGAUCAGUGGAACAUAAGGCAUUUAAGACAGAUUCAGCCUGAAGUAGUGAAACCUCUACUUCUCUACUGGGGUCCCAGAUUUUGUGCUACUCAUUCCACAGCAAUAGAAACUGCCAGUGCAAGACUGAAGCUCUGGCACACAUGUCAAGAGAGACCAAGGAUGGACACUGAUCCUUUUCCACAAAUAGUAUCAUUGUUACCACUGACACAAAAGUCUUGCAUACCCAGGCUAUCACCUUCCCUUCCUCAGGGGAAGACCACUGCUGACAGUGUUGUCUUAGGGGGACCUGGAAUGGAAAGCAUGCUGCAGUCUCUUUAUUUGGAGAACAGAGCAGGCCACUACUUCACACAAUUCUGUGAGAAGUCAGGGAAUAAGUUGUGGGAGAACAGUGUGUACUUUUGGUUCGACCUGCAGUCUUAUCAUCAGCUUUUUUACCGAGAAACUCUUCAUCCUUUUCAAAUACGCAAGCAAGCUCAAUUCCUUUAUGCAAUUUACAUUGCCCCAUCUGCCAGUAUGGACAUUGGACUUCAUCAGACCAAGAAAAACAUGAUUUAUGGGAAAAUUGACCCAGCUUUUGAGGACCUUUUUGACCCAGCAGAAGAACACAUCCUCUCUAUUCUGCUAGAAUCAUGGAUGAAGAUGGUGGAAGCAGACAAAGAUGCAUAUGGAAAGGUGGAGUUGGUGGAAGAAACUCAACAGCUGGACUCCGUGUACUUUAGAAAGCUCCAGGCUUUGCAUCAAGAGAGUAGUUCCAAGAAGGAUGAGAGUACUGUUGCUGACACUGGUCUGCUAUCCCGGCCUGAUGCUCUCAAAGAAGUUCCCAAAGAACCGUCGGGUCCUAAUCUAUCUAACCUGAUCCAUGACAAAGAGAAGUUAGAACUGUUCUGGGCUUUUCUUACUGAGCACUCUGCUGGCAUGGAUCUCAUGUGCUGGUUAGAUAUUGAACAGUUCAGAAAGACGCUCCACAAGGAUAAAGAAAAAAGGAAGGAAAAAUCUAAGGACAUUAAAAACAAGUACUUAAACAAAAAGUACUUCUUUGGACCAAACAGCCCAGCCACCAGAGAACAACAAGAAAAGAUAAUUCAUUCAGGUGGAGGAUGGAGACAAAUCCUUCGUGAUCAACUUUCGGCAGCAGCUCUGCUAGAAGUUCAGCAAUGUGUCCAGAAGAGAUUAGAAAAACAAUGGCUGCCAUUGUUCCUGGCAGAUGAACAGCAUGGGGCAGAGGGACAAGCAAAGAUAAGCGGCAUAACUGAAGAUCUUUCAUACAAAAAGCAUCAGAAGACAACCAGGAUGUGGAAGCAUGUGGACAAUAAGUGCGUUUCUUCAUCUAGUGAAAUAAUUGCUUUCCGCAAAGCGCUGAUGGAUCCAGUGACAGCAAAUCAGUUUCAACUCUUCGUGUCACUGAAAGGAGACCUGCUGGGGAACGGAGUGCUCUUUUGGCAAGAGGUGCAAAAGUAUAAGGAUUUGUGCCAUUCUCAUUGUUCCGAUGCCUUAGUCCAGAAAAAGAUCACAGCUAUUAUCAACUGCUUUAUUAAUUCACCCAUACCACCAGGUUUGCAGAUUGACAUCCCAGCUGAACAAGCAAAGAAGAUUUUGGAGCACAGGAAAGAACUAGGACCUUAUAUUUUCAGAGAGGCACAGACGAGUAUUUUUGCUCUUCUGUUUAAAUUUUGGCCAAAAUUUUGUAAGUUUCGAAGCAAUUUGGCCAGUGACAAAAUUCAACUUGCCUUGGAGAGAAAAAAGAUAGGAAAGAUGCAAAAGAAGGAAGGGAUAACAGCAGAG